UGACGCACGGACGCUUGCACGACAGCCUCUUGUGAGCCUGAAGAAGACAGGGCAUCAAGUCACGACCCAAUCAGCGGAUGCGGUUGGGACCUUUGGGUUUCGUUUGUUGAUCAUUUGGGAAGUGACCUCAGCUUUCAGGGGCGACUGGAGGGAGGACGACAUUGGGCGAACAUGGCUAGGCAGGAAUGGUGGGAUGGCAGAUGGAAGCGCGGAGGAGGAGGACCUGAAUGGGAGGACGGGAGGGGCAAUCUUUUGGAUUCCAUUCUGGCCUAUCCACCCGCCCUGACCCUGACCCUGACCCUGACCCUGACUUGUGUGGACUUCGACUUGCCUGACUUGAGCCCAGCCCAGGCGCCUGGCGGACUGAGAGAGAAGAACCCACUCCAACGAGCAGAGAGCUACUAUCCAUCCAUCCACUCCCCUCUAACGUUUUCCACUCUCUCUAACACAUCGAUUUCCCCAAAGCCGCGCCGAACGAGUUUAACUUCUGGAUUAAAGUAUCCGGUACGUACGUUUUACGUCUUUUUUUUUUUUUGUCUCGCAUAUGCUUCCCGCUCCGACGUCCUUGCUGGGAGUAGUGUUUCUUUCUUCUCUGUCUACCUACCGACCCGUGCAAGGCAUUCAGCAUCCAACCUCCCCGCACAUAGUCACCCCGCUUCAAAUCUCUGCUGGUGGUCUGUCGCUGGCGCUGCGCCGCUCGCUCGCUCGCUCGCCAGACGAGAGACAGAGACAGACAGAGCAGAGAGAGAGAGAGAGAGAGAAACAGACAAGACAAGACAAGGCAAGAAACCCCGCCUUGAUGGCCCGUCGUGUCGCGCGCCUAGGUACCACCACCAGUCAGACAAGCCAGUCAGGUUAGCUAGCGGCAAUGGCGGGAUGGGAUGGUCGGGCGCUCUGGUCUCUGUCUCUCCCUCUCUCUCUUGGGGUGGUUGGUGGUUCAUGAUGCCUGCAUGAUAGGAGGAAACGAAGAAAGACUAUUGCGAAACUUGUCUAUGUGAUAUCACCGACGUGUUCUAACUCUUCCUCGUUGCUCUUAGUUAAACCAAGCCAAUAACCGCUAAAACACGUACCCGAUACCAAACCCCUGCGUCUAUCAAAAUGUCCGAGACCGAGAACAAGCCGAUCGAGGAGGUCCAGCCUGAGGCCCCUGCCGCCGCUGAGGUACGUUCGCCCUCCUGCCUGC